GUCCAGAUGAUGAGUUAUGCUACAUGCAAGAAAAGUUAGACAUUGCGCGGUUGAGGACUUAGCUACAAAAGUGCAAGUCUCCUCCAGAGCAGCAUACAUAUUCACUAGCAGAGAUGUCUUUGCGGGUUCUUUGUCAAGACCACCCUCGACGUUCUAUAGCUUUGGUUACCCCUGAUGGCCAUGCCCUUAUCCUAGAGUAUUCACCUACUUUUUCAGAGUCGAUACUGUCUACCGACUCUGAUUCCAAUGUCCUCUCACCCCGAUGCAUCGUAAAGUUCUCGAGCGCCUCUUGGAAGCGCACAGAGCACCGGUUACUUGGGAUCGGACAUGGCACUCUAGGCCUUCUUACCCUCGACAAUGAUGUGUUUCUAUGCGUCAUUUCGAGCUCAGCCAGUGUAGCGAGCCCCAGACCUAAAGAAACUGUUCGAAAAAUCACAAACGUCGACUUCUACUGCCUCAACCGUCCGGAUUACGACGAUACACUAGGAUUUCACCAAGAAAAUGCCAAUUACGCUCAUUAUUCCCAGGAAAGUGACUAUGGUACUGCUUUUCAAGGGAGAGAUGUAAUAACAGAGGAUCCUUUUCUGGAGCUUAAAAAGCUAUUGAGUGAUGGUAGCUUUUAUUAUAGUACAGACUUCAACUUGACGAACCGAGUACAGGACCGAAUCAAUGAUGUCGCCUUUGAUAUCGAAAGGCUAGACGAAUCAUUCCUUUGGAAUUCGUACAUGAUUGGACCACUCCUACAAUUUCGGAGCAGACUGGCGGAUCACGAACGACAUCUCCUUGAUUCAUCCCAGAUUCUUUCCUCAGUUAUUCGCGGUUUUGUCCAGAGCACGACAAUUCCUUCACCCCCUCUCAAGUCCAUACCAGCAGGUCUCCCAGCUACUCUAACUUUAAUUUCACGACUCUCUUCACGAAGAACUGGCACAAGAUUCAAUUCCCGAGGCAUAGACGAUGAUGGCCAAGUCUCCAAUUUUGUAGAAACAGAGACGAUUUUAUGGACUCCCCCCGGGAUAACAUUCUCUUACACCCAAGUUAGAGGCUCGGUCCCUAUCUUCUGGGAACAAACGCCUGGCUUAAUUCCAGGCCAGCAGAAGAUUCAAGUUACUCGGUCUGUGGGUGCUACCCAACAUGCAUUUGACAAACAUUUUCAAUCUCUUCAGCUGAACUACGGUGAGGCUCAUGUCAUAAACCUGCUGAGUGAAACAAAGCCGGGAGAACUGGAGUUAUCUGAAAAGUUCCGCUAUCAUAGCCGACAUAGCCCUCUACGAAGGAUGUCCGAGAAAGGGGCACCUUCUGAGCAUCAUCUUUUACGAUGGACCGAUUUCGACUUCCACGCAGAAACUAAAGGUCCUGCUGGCUACGAGAACGCUAUGCUUAUAGAGCAUAAACUUGGCUUUUCCAUUGACAGGUUCGCGUAUUUUCUAUCCGAGGACCCUAAUGGUGACACUACGCCACGAUCAAAAGUCGAUGAAGGCAAAUCGACAAUUAUUCUUCAUCAGGAGGGAGUAUUUCGCACCAACUGCCUUGACUGCCUUGACAGAACAAACCUUGUGCAAUCGCUGAUUAGCGUCAUGGUGCUGGAGAGAUUUCUUAUGCAGAAUAGCUACACCUUGCCACAUGAGUUUUGGGGGAGGCAUUCUACUUUAUGGGCUGACAAUGGCGAUGCCUUAUCAAAAAUCUAUGCUGGUACCGGAGCAUUAAAGUCAUCGUUCACUAGGCAUGGCAAGAUGUCCAUUGCGGGGGCAAUUGCCGAUGCAAGGAAAAGCGUUACCCGGUUAUAUGUCAAUAAUUUUAUUGACAAUGCCAGACAGAACACCAUAGACAUUUUAUUAGGUGCUUUGACUGGACAAACUGCGGUCCAUCUUUACGACCCGGUGAAUGACCAUGUUAUGGCAGAGCUAGCAGAGAGGUUUACUGAAUUCUCAUCCACUAAAACGGUUCGGAUAUGGGUUGGAACGUUUAAUGUCAACGGUAGACCCUGCAAUGCUAAUGAAGACCUGGGUCUUUGGCUUCAUGCUCACCUUGCCAAAUUCCCCAAAGAACCAACGCUUGUAGCAGUUGGUUUUCAGGAAAUUGUUGACCUGAGCCCACAGCAGAUUAUGUCUACCGAUCCGAGGAGUCGCAGAAUUUGGGAAGAAGCUGUCAAAAAAACUCUGGACAGAGAAACAUCUCGAAGAGGGACCAGCCCAUACGUACUUCUAAGAAGCGGACAGCUUGUAGGUGCGGCGUUAUUGUUGUUCGCGAAAGAAGAUGUAUUGAGAGAAAUUAAAAAUGUCGAAGGCAGUGUGAAGAAGACCGGACUGUCUGGAAUAGCCGGGAACAAAGGCGGGUGUGCCAUCCGCCUUGAGUAUUCCAAUACUAGAAUUUGUUUUCUCACUGCACAUCUGGCUGCCGGAUUCGCCAACUAUGAGGAGAGGAAUAGAGACUAUAACACCAUUGCCCAUGGGCUCAGAUUCCAGCGCAAUCGGACAAUAAAUGAUCAUGAUGCUAUAAUCUGGCUAGGCGAUUUUAACUACCGCAUCGAGUUGAACGACAAUAAAGUCAGAUCUCUAAUAGAGAAGGGGAGCCUCGAAGAGUUGUAUGAAAAGGACCAGCUCAAUUUGCAAAUUAGCGCUGGUGUCACGUUCCAGGACUACUUCGAAGGCCCAAUAACGUUCCCUCCCACAUACCGAUAUAAUAACGGAACGGAUGUAUAUGACACCUCGGAGAAGCGGCGUAUUCCGGCGUGGUGUGAUAGGGUCCUUUGGAAAGGGGAAAUUUUGAAUCAAGUUGAAUACAACACUGCUCCUUUGAAAUUCUCGGAUCAUCGACCCGUAUAUGCUGUCUUUGAAUGUGCGAUACUUACUGUUGACGAGGGAUUGAAGGCGCGGUUAAGCCACGAACUCUAUGAGAAGCACAAGAAGGCAAUCGAGACCACUAGUUCGCAUUCAGAGUCUGGGCGUACCGAAGAAGUGGGAUUAAUUCGUGAUGUGUACACUCCUCCUGGCCUUCCACCGGCUAGCUCUGAUCGACAUAAGUGGUGGCUCGACGAUGGUCUGCCUAUAAGGUCAUUGGUAAACCCGCCUACGGACUCCAUCAGGAGCCACUAUCCAAGUUCGAACCCCUUUUUGGCACUCACAGAACGUGACCGGAUCUAUCCAUCCAACCCUAGCAGAAGUGAUAGGUCAUCUAACGAUGCUAAAAGUGCAAGUUUGCCCCAUAGACGCUUGGCCUCAAGUGAUAAUGUCGCACCGUUAAAAAGUGGCAUUUUGUUGGAUUUGGAUUUCACCGAGUAUGGAAACGUAUUGCCUCUAGCAAAACGGGAGACCAGUGCUAUGCAGGAACUCGUUGAGCUCUCAGAAACACCCAAGAAGAAAGGUCCGCCAGUUCCCCAAAAGCCUCUUUCACUGACCAAAAAUCCUGUCGUCGACCCCAGGUUUAAGGGAAAAGGCACAGCAAUGGCAACAAGAGCUCUUGGAGGGACGAACGCUGAUGACAGCACGUAUAAGCCUCCUUUCGCCGCUCGACAGGCAGACGAUGGGCUCCAAAAUAUACCGUAUUGGAACGGAGGAGCAUCACUAUCAGGGAAGUGGCCUGAUAUGGAGGAGCCCCAUGCACGGGGUUCAUCUCCAAAGCAUAGAACCGGACCUGAUAUAGCUGAACUACUGGACUCGGAUGUGGACACAGGAAUGUCCAGAUGGGAACCGCUUGAGCCAGGGCGAUGAUCAUGGCAUUGACGUUUCAGCAUUGAACAUGCUCUUAUCGCAAUUAAAAAUGUGUAGAACACGAGAUAUAACAUACAACUCCUUUGUUUAUCCUAUAGAC